GAAAUUGGCAUGAAUUCUGUUUCAUUUUCUCUCUUAUUAUUCAAGUUUCACACACUGAGUUGGACACAUUCCUCAGAUGCAGAGCGUCUGUCCUGGAUGUGAGGAUGGGACACACCUUGCUCUGUGUGCUGGUGUUAUUGAUGAACACGUUCCGCAAGUAUGGAGUCGCUCAAGAAUCAACAGCACAAAAUGUUACCGCCACCCUGAGAGGUGAUAAAAGAACCGUACCAAUGAGAGGAAGUGUGAUGCUGACCUGCUCUGUGGAUACUGAUGACUCCUCCCGCUGGAGAUAUCGGUGGUUCAGACGAACUACAGGACCUGUGGUAGAAAUAUUCAUGAGAAACAGAAAUAUCAGCGUCACAGAAGGAGGCAUCUACUGGUGCAGAGGAGAGAAAAGUGACCUGAAGAUCCUCACAGAGGAAUAGCAAUAUGCUGACUAUUCACAAAAUUGUUUCCAGCAGGGCUGUUGUGACUCUGAAGCCAAACUGCACCCAGAUAUUCAGUGGUGAGACGAUCACUCUCAGCUGUGAGAUCCAGGGAGGUGGAGGUACUAAGUGGACGUAUGAAUGGAUGAAAUCUGCCUCAAACACAUCAGUGAGCCAUAAUGAAUAUAAGAUUAGGAAGGCUCUUAAGUCUGACAGCGGGAACUACUGGUGUAAGGGUAGACACAGUGGAAACUUGUAUUCUUCAACUGAAUGGAGUGAUGCUAUCACGUUGACAGUAUCUCAAAAGAAACCAAAGGCCAACAUAAAUGCUGAGAGACGAGUCAUUCCAAUAGGUGGCAGUGUGACCCUGACCUGCACUGAGAGACUAUCACCUGCUUGGAAAUACUACUGGUACAGAGGAGACAAGAGAAACCCUGAACGCAAACAACUGAACGCACCAAAUGCUGUUUUACAAGCAAAGGGACAAAUCAGAGUUUCACAGGAAGGACUCUACUGGUGCAGAGGGGGAAGGGGAGACCCAGUUUACUACACAGAGUACAGCGAAGUCAUAACUCUUUACAAACUUGUUGCAAACAGGGCUGUCGUGACUGUGCAACCCAACUGGCCUAAGAUAUAUAAAGAAGAGACCAUCACCCUCAAGUGUGAUAUCAAGGAUGAGGAAGAUACUGAGUGGGAGUAUGAAUGGAAAACAAGCAGCUCCAUCAAACCCCCAGCACAACAUGAAACCUUGAUUAUUGCUUAUAGGUCCUACAGUGGAGACUACAGGUGUAUGGGCAGGAAGAAAAAUGCUCAAAUGUCUAUGACGGAGUGGAGUGAUGCCUUCACCUUGAUAGUAUAUGACAAAAAUCACUCUCCAACAGAUAAACCUCGGCCUGUCCUCACUGUGUCUCCAUCAUGGCUGAGUCCUGGAGCCUCAGUAACUCUGAACUGUGAGGUUGAACAUCCAUCUGCAGGAUGGAGGUUCUACUGGUAUAAGACUGUUCCUGAUCUGUCACACAACUCCUACAGCUAUGAGCUGUUACCUGGUAGCAGCAGUGGGACUGAACAGGAUUCCUACAUCGUUCAUGGUCAGACACACACAGCAGGAUAUGUGUGUAGAGCUGGAAGAGGAGACCGAGUGUAUUACACUCAGUACAGUGAACCAAAGUUUGUCUGGUCUGGAGAUCUUCAUCCAGCAGCGUCUCUCACAGUGAAUCCUGACAGAGUGCAGCACUUCACCUCUGACUCCGUCUCACUGAGCUGUGAGGGAAACUCUGCUGAGUGGAGAGUGAAGAGGUUUACUGAUAAAGACUUGUUAGACUGUUCUGAGUGGGGGACGAUAACUGGAUCCACAUGUAACAUCCACAGAUUACAGGAGGGUGAUGCAGUGUACUGGUGCGAGUCCCAGUCAGGAGAGUUCAGCAAUGCAGUCAACAUCACUGGACAGACAAAAGACAUUAUCCUGGUGAGCCCUGUCCAUCCUGUGACUAAGGGAGACCCUGUAACACUUGGCUGCAAGCUGACAACCACAGAAUUAGAUUCCAAUGUGUUUUUCUAUCACAAUGACAAACUCAUCCAAAAUGACACCAGACAGGAGCUGAAUAUCUCUGCAGUGUCAAAGUCAGAUGAAGGUUUCUAUAAGUGUGAAUGCUCAGGAAAGGAGUCGCGACAGAGCUGGGUGGCAGUAAAAUCAUUGGAGUCUUCUUUUCCUGUACCAGUUCUUGGUGGUCUGCUUUCUGGAAUUGUAAUGAUUAUCCUCCUAUUCCUGCUGUGUCACUACAAAAAAGCCAAAGGUUCAUACUGUGACAGGCCGAUCCAGUCUCUGAGCACCAAUCAGGACUUUGCUAUGGACCAAACAGCCAGUGAAACUCAACAGCCUGUGUACUCCUCUCUUCUCCACGGUGACGUUUCUGUCUAUGAAUCCAUCAGAGGAUCCAAAAAUACCACAGAUGGUACAACUGGUGCAUUCCCUUCGCAUCAUCUGACUGGUCUCGACAAAAGUGAUGAACUGGGGGGACAUGAUGAUCCAGAGGAGAGCUCUGACUAUUAUAACAUGAGGGAAGAACUGGCCAACGGGUCACGGGGGGGUGGAGCCUAUCCCACCUGUCAUUGGGCAAGAGAUGGGGUACACCCUGUACGGACUGCCAAUCCAUCGCAGAGCCAACACCUCUUUUUAGCCUCUCUGUGUUUUAGAAACAGUGAUAGAGUGUUGGUGCUGGAUGCCAGGAUGGGGCAGACUUUGCUUUGUGUACUGUCAUUAUUCUUGCUGAGUACAUUCCUCGACUGUGGACACAUUGAAGAUGCUGAGCUGACCCUUGAACCAAAAUCACCCUAUUUAUUCACUGGAGAAUGCAUUACCUUCACAUGUGACAUGAGAGAUGGAUAUGACACUGACUGGCAUUACACAUUCAACUGGAAUGGUCAACAUAUUGUCUCCUUCGAUGCAAAUAACUCCUACUCACUUAACCUAACGGCAGACUUGAGUGGUGACUAUCAGUGCAUCGGUCACCACAAGGACUUGACAAAUGUGACAAAACAGAGUAAUAAGGUCACUCUAUCUGUGUCAGCACACAGACCCACGGCCACUCUGAGAGCAGAUGGGACAUCCAUACCGGUGGCUGGCACUUUGACACUGACCUGUUCUGUUCUGGUCUCUGGGGGCUGGAAGUAUGACUGGUUCAGACGCACCUCAGACUCUUAUGAAACUAUGAUUGUAGCAGAUGGUGUGCAAAACUCUAUCAGCGUCUCACAUGAAGGCAUCUACCGGUGCAGAGGACGAAGAGGCAACCCAGGUUUCUUCACAGAGGACAGUGAUGAGAUUCGCAUUGAGAAAACUUUGUCCAAUAGGAUCUCUGUGACCCGGCUACACAACUGGACUCAGGUAUACAGUGGCGAGGCGAUCACUGUCAGAUGUGAGAUCCAGGGAGGUGGAGACACUGAGUGGGAGUAUGAAUGGAGAACUACCAGCUCAUAUACACCUCCCAUGCACAGUGAAUAUAGGCUUAGCAGUGCUUCUGUUUUCUGCAGCGGAGACUACUGGUGUAAGGGUAGAAGGGACUUGUAUUCCUCAACAGUGUGGAGUGAUGCCUUCACGCUCACAGUAUCAUCAUAUAAACCCAGGCCCACAGUUAUGGCAGAUAAGAGAACCAUACCAGUGGAGGGCAACAUAACACUGACCUGCUCUGUGGAGGACUCCACUGAGUGGCAGUACUACUGGUUCAGGCGUUCCUCUCACUCUUCUGAAGCUCGGACCAUAAGGGAUGCUGAACCACAUAGAGAUAUCACUAUCUCACAAGGAGGGAUCUACCACUGCAGAGGAAGGAGAAAAGACACAGUUUUCUUCACAGAGGACAGCAAUGCAGUCACAAUUGAGAAAAGAGUUUCCAACAAGGCUGUCGUGUCCUUGCAACCCAACUGGUCUCUGAUAUUCAGCGGUGAGACGGUCACUGUUACAUGCCUGAUUUAUGGAGGUGGAAACACCGAGUGGGAGUAUGAAUGGAGCAAACCAAACUCAAACACAGUUCCAAUGCACAAUGAAUACAUUAUCAGUGCAUCUGUGUCCAACAGUGGGAACUACAGGUGUAGGGGUAAAGAUAAAUUGGAUGUGUAUUCCUCAACAGAAUGGAGCGAUAUCCUCACAUUGACGGUUUCUGCAGAAAGACCAAAUGCCAACCUGAGUGCUGACCAGAGAGCCUUUCCAGCAGGGGGCAGUGUGCCCCUGGCUUGUUCUGUCAACCCAUCAUCAUCGGACUGGAGUUACUAUUGGUACAGAGCCAAGAAAAGCUCUGAACCCCAGAUGAGACAAGACGCUGUUUUCUACUCAAGUGGACAAGCUGUCAGUGUCUCACAGGAAGGACUCUACAUCUGCAGAGGAGGAAGAGGAGACCCAGUUUACUACACAGAGUACAGUCACUCAGUCAAUAUUCACAAAAUUGUCACCAACAGAGCUGUUGUGACUCUGCAACCCGCCUGGCCUAAGAUAUACUCAGGAGAGACGAUCACUGUCAGAUGUGAGAUCCAGGGAGGAGGAGACACUGAGUGGGAGUAUGAAUGGGAAACAACCACCUCAUUCAAACCUUCAAAUCAACAUGAACACAGGAUCAGUCCUGCUUCAUCAUCCCACAGUGGAGACUACUGGUGUAAGGGCAGAGUGAAAAGUUCACAACAGAAUUCAACAGGAUGGAGUAAUUGCCUCACAUUAAAAGUGUUUUUUGUAAAUCACUCUCCAACAGAUAAACCUCGCUGUCCUCACUGUGUCUCCAUCAUGGCUGAGUCCAGGAGCCUCAGUAACUCUGAACUGUGAGGUUGAACAUCCAUCUGCAGGAUGGAGGUUCUACUGGUAUAAGACUGUGCC